AUGGCUUCAAGAAUCUUUGCUCGCUCUUUGGCUACUGCCACCCAAGCUGUCAAACCACCAGUUCAAUUGUUUGGUUUAGAUGGUACUUACGCUAGUGCUUUAUACACUGCUGCUGCUAAAUCUACCUCAAUUGAAUCUGCUGCUAAAUCUUUAGAUGCUUUAAAAGCUUCAAUUGCCAAAGAUUCAAAAGUUGGUGAAUUCCUUUCAAACCCAGCUUUAUCAUCAGGUGAUCGUGCUACUGUUGUCAGCGCUUUAGCUCAAUCAUCUCCAUCAAUUGAUGAAUCAGUUUCAAACUUAUUAAAAGUCUUAGGUGAAAACAACAGAUUAAACUUAUUAGAACCAAUUUUCCAACAAUUCAAGAUCUUAACUGAUGCUCACAAUGGUGUUGUUGAAGCUGUUGUUACUUCUUCAACUAAAUUAGAUUCAAAAAUCUUAAAAAAAAUUGAAGCUUCAGUUCAAAAAUCAAAAUUUGUUGGUCAAGGUAAAACUCUUAGAUUGAAAAACGAUGUUAACCCAGAUAUCUUAGGUGGUUUAAUUGUUGAAGUUGGUGACAGAACUGUUGAUUUAUCAAUUUCUGCUAAAAUUGCUAAAUUAAACCAAGCUUUAAAAGAAUCUAUCUAA